AUGGCCUCGCCGGCCGGCGGCCAGCCACCACCAGUGGCUGGGCAGCCUCCCCAACCACCCCCAACCACUACCCAGUCCCCCACAACAACCAAUAACAGUCCGCAACCUAUGAAUUAUGCUAAUGCUGUGCGCCCAGUUACGAAAGCUACUGGCAGUCAUGAACGAAAUCCUAAUAUUGAGCCUAUUACGUUACGUCGUGCACAAUUCUUUCAAGGCCAGCCUACAAUCUGUUUUACAGAAGCAGAAGUUGAGCGUAUGAAUCAAAUUGAAGGUUUACAAUAUGCAGUGGUUUGUAAGUUUUCUUAUGGUUGGCCUGAUCUUAAUGAAAUACGUCGCAUUGUUCCUAUUCAAUGUGGUAUUAAGGGUGAAUGCAAAAUUGGAUAUUUACGAGAUAGGCAUAUUUUGAUUAGACUCACAUUGUGGCAAGAUUUUGUAGACUUCUCAUCCAAAGGAGUUUAUUAUAUUAAAGAUAAGUAUGGUGAGGAAUAUCAGAUGAGAACUCUUAUCUACGAUUCUAAAUUCAAAGCAGGUGAGGAAACACCCAAGGUCAUGGCUUGGAUUUCUUUCCCUAAUUUGCUGCCAACUUACUUUGUUAAAGAGUGUUUGUUUUCAUUAGCAUCAGCAGUUGGAAAACCAUUGCAUCUUGAUCAAGCUACUGUAAAUAAAACUAGGCCUAGUUGUGCUCGAGUGAAGGUCUUGAUUGACCUUUUAUCUGACCUGCCUAAGAAGGUACGCAUGGACAUUGUGAAUGAAGAUACUGGAGAUAUUAGAACUGAAUGGGUAAACAUAAACUAUGACUAUUUGCCAAAGUACUGUAAAGAAUGCAAAUUGCAGGGUCAUGACAUGUUUGAGUGCUGGAGGUUGCACCCUGAACUUAUGGCAAAUAGAACUGAGGAGAAACAACAUACUACAGAUACAGUAUCCCAAGGUAACAAGUUUACUGCGCCUUUAAUGAUCCUAUCAAGUGGUAAAGUGGUGGGAAACCAAGGUGCUCAAUGGAAAGAAGUUAAGAAGAGAAGAGUACAAGGUAAAGAGAAGCAGAUAGGUGAUGUGACCACUAAUGGAAAAACAAUGGUUCCAGUUGAUCAGCAGAAGGGAGGUAUAACAGGCAAAGAAGAAAUUAAUAAAAGGAGUGUUCAAGCUAUGGUUCCAGCUGAUAAGAAAAGAGAUCAGAUGCAAACUGACAAUAAAUUUGCCAUAUUGGAAGUGGAGGAAAGUGAUGACAAUGCCAACAAUCAAUUGGCGUUGGUGGAGACUAUGAAUGCAGUACCUGUGUCAAAGGAAACAGGAAUUUUAAAUCCUGUAGCACCAGCAUAUAUACCUACUUCUCCUGGGAAUACAAAGAGAAGGAAUGAUGGGAAAAAUAACACAAAAAAUAUGCCAGCUGUUAGUGUAAAUCCAGCAGGAAUCAACAAGCAAAAAGAGAUGGAAGAGAAUAAAAACAAAGUCAGCACAGAUCAGAAGGUGAAGGAAUCCACUGCAGCAUGGGUACAAAAAGCUUUUAAAAUCAAUGAGGUUGCAAUAAAUACCUCAGUUCAAGAGAUAUGGGUGUUUGUGGAUGAUGAUCAUGGGGUAAAUGUGAUGAUAAACAUGGAGCAGCAGAUGACUUUAAAGCUAAUAAAUAUGGACACUCAGGUCUCAUUCAUUGUUACGUUUGUUUAUGCUAAAUGUGAUUCCAUUGAACGUAUUGAAUUAUGGGACAGCAUGUAUUAUUUAGCUAGGGAUAUGUCACAUCCCUGGCUUGUGGGGGGUGAUUUCAAUGUAAUAUGGGAUGAAGAGGAGAAGUUUGGUAGUUUGCCAGUUUCAAUGAAUGAGGUCAAUGAUUUUCGACAUUGCGUAAACACUUGUAACCUCACUGAUUUAGGAUUCAAAGGGAGUAUAUUUACUUGGUGGAACGGGAGAGCAGAAGACGAUUGCAUUUUUAAAAGGUUAGAUCGAUGCUUAGCCAACAUAGAAUUUCAGCAGCUAAUACCUGGAUUGGAGGUGUCUCACUUAUCUAAAAUAGGGUCUGAUCAUAGCCCAAUGUUGCUGACUUGUAACCCUACAGCAAUACCAAUUAAGAAAGCAUUCAGAUUCUUAAACUUUUGGGCAAAACAUACAACUUUUAAGGAGGUUAUUAGAGAGAAUUGGUGUGCUGAUUUUGCUGGGAAUCCUUUCAUUAUGUUUAAUCACAAAUUGAAGAAAGUGAAGAGAGCUCUAUCAUUAUGGAGAAAAGCUACUUAUGGUGACAUAUUCCAAAAAAUUGCAAGCUUGGAGGAGGUGGUUUUAGUUCAUGAAGCUCAGUUUGAACAGCAUCCUACGCAAGAGAACAGAGCUAGGCUUCAAAAAAUACAAGCAGAAUUGAUAAGAUAUCUUGCUUUGGAGGAGGAGUUUUGGAAACAGAAGGCAGGAAUGUUAUGGUUUCAAGAUGGAGAUAGGAACACUAAGUUUUUCCAUGCGCAUGUUAAUGGCAGAAGGAAAAUGUUUCAGCUUAAGAGAAUACAAAACAAUGAUGGGAAUUGGCUAGAAGACAAUGAAGCCAUGGCUGACGAGGCUGUGAAUUUUUACAAGGCACAAUUUCAUGAAGAGCAGGUUUAG